CGCAAAUUCGCGCCCGCUUCAUUAAUAUAUUAACCGAUACAACUUACGAGUACAUACAAAGAACUUUUCCAUUUUAAAGUUAUCCAAAAAUCAUACAAUCAUCACAAGUUGACAUUAAAAAUGGCUCCCGGAGUCAUCCAGAACUCGGAAACUAUCAUCAACAACUCUUUGGAAGUCAUCGCGGCUGACAAUGGGGCUUUUAUGAACCAAUUGUUGGUGCAACCCAAAACUUGCCCCAUCGACCAUUUUGAUUUCCCCGAAAACGGGACAGGAGAUGGUCAGGUGAAGAUUGAGGAGGUGAAAGAGGUGAAGAAGCCGGUCCGUAGGGUCGUAAGACCUAAGGUGCUGAAGAACCACGAGUCCCACGAUUACCUGUACGAUCGUCUCUACGAAGACACUUGCCCAAGAGUUCCAACGCUAUGCAACGAGCGGGCCUGCCUCGGCAGCCUCAUGGCUAUUCCCGGGCGGGGCGAGGAGCCGCGAGACCCCGAAGAAGUGCUGAACGACGCCAAGGACUUCUUUGGGCAAUACUUCGCUUCGAUCAGAAGAGCCAACACGCCCGCGCACGAAGCUCGCUGGAAGUUAGUCCAAGAUGAAGUGGCUCGGACUGGCACGUACCAGCUCACUACCACCGAGCUGGUCUUCGGAGCCAAGCUGGCAUGGAGGAACGCCAGCCGCUGUAUAGGAAGGAUACAAUGGUCCAAGCUUCAGGUAUUCGACUGCAGACAAGUGACUACGACCAGCGGGAUGUUCGAAGCUCUCUGCAACCACAUCAAAUACAGCACAAAUAAAGGAAACAUCAGGUCGGCGAUAACAGUGUUCCCCCAACGCACAGACGGCAAGCAUGACUACAGGAUAUGGAACAGCCAGCUCAUCAGCUACGCAGGGUACAGGCAGCCUGAUGGCACCGUGCUAGGGGACCCGAUGCACUGCGAGUUCACAGAGCUCUGCAUAAAGCUGGGCUGGAAGCCGCCACGCACCGCCUGGGACAUCCUACCGCUAGUGCUGUCCGCCAACGGCAAAGACCCGGACUACUUCGAGAUCCCGAGGGAGCUGGUCAUGGAGAUACACAUGACGCAUCCUGGAUACGAUUGGUUCGAAGAGCUCAACCUCCGCUGGUAUGCGCUCCCAGCGGUAUCCAGCAUGCGCUUCGACUGCGGAGGCAUCGAGUUCACGGCCAACGCCUUCAACGGCUGGUACAUGAGCACCGAGAUCGGGUGCAGAAACUUCUGCGACACCAACAGAUUGAACGUUUUAGAGAAAGUGGCCCAGAAGAUGGGACUGGACACAAGAACGCCAGUGAACCUGUGGAGGGACAAAGCAUUAGUCGAGGUCAACGUGGCCGUCUUACACAGCUUCCAGCAGCAGAACGCUACUAUCGUCGACCACCACACUGCCUCCGAGAGCUUCAUCAAGCAUCUGGACAAUGAGAACAGGCUUAGGUCUGGUUGCCCAGCUGACUGGAUUUGGAUUGUGCCUCCAAUGUCUUCGUCCAUAACUCCAGUCUUCCACCAAGAGAUGGCGCUGUACUACUUAAGGCCGUCCUACGAAUAUCAGGAACCAGCCUGGAAGACUCACCAGUGGCAGAAGUCGAAGCCCAUCACUGGGAAGAGGCCUAUCAAUAGAAAGUUCCACUUCAAGCAAAUCGCUCGCGCCGUCAAGUUCACCUCCAAACUCUUCGGCCGAGCCCUCUCCAAGAGGAUCAAGGCCACCGUCCUAUAUGCUACUGAGACUGGCAAGUCGGAGCAAUACGCCAAAGAGCUGGGAGUGAUAUUCGGACACGCCUUCAAUGCUCAGGUUCACUGUAUGGCAGAUUAUGAUAUCACUUCAAUAGAACACGAGGCUCUAUUGCUUGUGGUUACCUCAACCUUUGGUAAUGGAGACCCUCCAGAAAAUGGCGUUGCAUUCGGCGAACACUUAUGCGAGAUUCUGUAUACCGAUCAAGUUGGAGAAGAAAUGACUGGGAAUCAAAUGCUGACACCAAAAUCCUUCAUAAAAGCGAACAGUCAGAUGGAACUACAAAGAUAUGCCGCUGGCAAUCCGAAAAAGUUGAGUCGGUUAGAGUCACUUAAAGGCAGUGCUACAGACGCGACCUCCAUAGACAGUUUUGGACCCCUCAGCAACGUUCGCUUCGCGGUGUUCGCUCUUGGGUCCAGUGCGUAUCCCAACUUCUGCAACUUUGGGAAAUACGUGGACAAACUGCUGGGAGACUUGGGAGGCGAGAGAAUCCACGAUAUCGCCACUGGAGAUGAGAUGUGUGGGCAGGAUCAAGCCUUUAGGAAGUGGGCUUCGAGUGUCUUCAAUGUGGCGUGUGAGACGUUUUGCUUGGACGAUGAUGAGACGUUGCAAGAGGCGAAGAGGGCUUUGGGGACAGUUGCUCUUAGUGAGGAGACAGUGAGGUUUGCUCACGCGGUCGGGCGACCGCCGACCCUCCCCGCGGCCUUGCAAUCCGCUCUGAAUAAACAGUUCGUGACUUGCAUAGUGAGAGCCAACAAGGACUUAGGCGACGCUUCCGCAGAAAGGUCCACGAUUUUUAUCGACAUGGAGCCCAAGGAUGAAAUAAAAUACGACCCCGGUGAUCACGUAGGAAUUAUAGCUUGCAACCGCAAGGAACUAGUGGACGGUUUGCUCGCUCGUCUACAAGACGUUGAGGACUUUGACGAGCCGUUACAAUUACAGCUGAUGAAAGAAACGCACACAUCCAGCGGUCCGGUGAAAUCCUGGGAGCCUCAUGAAAGACUUCCCGUGCUAAGUGUCCGUGAUCUCUUCACGCGAUUCUUGGACAUCACUACUCCACCAACGACUAUACUGCUGCAAUAUCUGGCCAAGACCUGUGAAGACGAAGAAGAAAGAAAGCAGUUGAGCAUUUUGGCUACGGAUCCCGGUGCAUAUGAAGACUGGCGUCACUUCCACUUCCCAACGUUACCAGAAGUUCUAGAUCAGUUCCAAUCAGCUAGGCCAAGCGCUUCUCUGAUUGCCGCUCUACUAUCGCCACUCCAGCCAAGAUUUUAUUCCAUCUCCUCAUCACCAAUUGCUCAUCCUAAGAGACUGCAUUUGACGGUUGCGGUUGUCACAUACAGAACUCAAGAUGGCGAAGGUCCUGUCCACUACGGCGUUUGCUCAAAUUAUCUCAUGGAUCGUAAACCGGGAGAUGAGGUUUACUUGUUUAUUAGAAGUGCUCCAAACUUCCAUUUGCCUCAAGACCUAUCAGUUCCCCUGAUACUGAUAGGCCCGGGAACAGGCAUUGCACCCUUCAGAGGUUUUUGGCAUCACCGCAGAGCCAUGCUGAACUCACGUUCUCGACAGAACGCUGGACCAGUUUGGUUAUUUUUUGGAUGCAGGACUAAGACCAUGGACUUGUACAGGGAAGAAAAGGAACAGGCCCUCAAAGAAGGUGUACUGUCGAAAGUGUUCCUUGCUUUGUCCAGGGAGAAGUGCGUUCCAAAGAUGUAUGUGCAAGAAGUUGCUGAGAAGGAGGGCCAAGAAAUCCACGACUUGUUGAUAAACCGUGGAGCCCACUUUUACGUGUGCGGCGACUGCAAAAUGGCUGAGGAUGUCCACCAGAAGUUGAAAGGCAUCAUCAAGAAGCACGGAAAUAUGACUGAUGAUCAAGUGCAGAACUUUAUGUUUAUGCUAAAGGAAGAGAACCGCUACCACGAAGAUAUCUUUGGCAUAACCCUCCGUACCGCCGAAGUUCACAACGCGUCCCGCGAGUCGGCGCGCCGCAACCGCGUGGCGGCGCAGCCCUGACGCCGGUCCUCCAGGGUCCCCCUCGCGCUUAUGUAGCCAGUAAGUGCACCCACAGAUCAGCUGAUGACGACAAUUUGCAAACAGAAACCACCACUGAUAAUAACGAUGAUUCAACCCCAACAGAUCAACGGAUAACUGACAAUGAUUAAAAUUUGAUGAUGAUUGAAACAGGCUAGAUACUAACGACAAAUUACAAGAGGAAACCAAUGAUUUACAAAACGAAAUCAUUGCUGACAAUGAUAAUGUCCAUAAGAAAGAAGCUGACUGUUCAAUUAACAAACCAUUUGACCAAGAUGUUAUCUGAAGUAAUUAACCAAAAUACUAUCACACUGAUGGUAAUGUUACUGCUAACUACCUAACUAAAAUACAUUUCUAACCACAAGUCCUUUAUCUGAUUAGUAAUUGAUGUAUUAAUGGUCUAUGAAAACUGUUUUAAAAGUAAUAGAACAAAUUCUGCAAUGUAAUAGCAACAGAUAUUCAAAGUUAUCGUUCAGCCAAGAAUGCUAUUAAACAGAAUGCAGAUGAUGCUAAUUAAUGUACUGGAAGCAUCCUUGCUGAAUACCGUUGGUCAGUUGGUACAUUAAAUGUUUUAGAGCUAAUAAUGUCUGCAUCAUUUACUACAUUGCUUCAUAACUGCCGAAAAUUUCGGCCCCGAAUCAUUAGGAUUUGGUAUUGGAAAUUUGGCGGUUUGGCCUAGAAUCUCCUACGAUUUGGAAUUCAAAGUUCACGAGAAUUUUUCCACGGAUCUCAUAAUUUUUGGCUUUAAAUUUUUAAUUUGGCGGGUCGUUCUUUAGAUAAGUCAAUUAUCUAAUUUGUUUAAGCUUCACGGGCCAAAUGAAUGAUACAGAGGUUGUGCGUAAUGUGGGUCCUGAUAUUGUACAUAGUACUGAACUCUGACAACCUCACUACAGUUACUAUAAACAUUCCUUUAGAGUAUUUUUAUUUUUUUAAUAAAGUCUUCAAGAGCAGCUAUUUAAACUAUUUAGAGAUUUAUUUUAAAAGGAUUUGAAGCAGGGUGAAUUUAUAUUGAUAACGCACAAAUGCAUUUCAGCGUAUUGGUAAAUUUU